AUGGCAAAGAUGGAAAGAACGAAAAAAGAAGCGAAAUGCAGUUUGAAAGCAUUGACCAUUUAUGAUGAUGGCGUCAUCACUAAUUUGAAGUACCUGCGGGAAGUGACGCCGUACUUCAGGAAGGCUUCGAUCAUCCAGGAAGUGGGCUGGGAACUUCAGCGCGGUUUCCUGAGCGCGACGCCACCGCCGCCAAAGUCACCACCACGGGCGGAUACUCGUUAUCUGCCAUUACAACUCUGCAGACUCACCAGAGCGCAUCCCUCUUCCGAUCCCGAAGGGCGUAUCCUAGAAUUACAUUCACCUGAUGGUGUUCACGAAUGCUGGUUGAGAGCCGCUGACAACACGGAAGCGAACGUCUGGUUCAAUGCUUUGCACUCGGCGUUGGCAGCCCUCACCUUGAAAGCAUUACGACUGGCCUCAGCACUUCCAGAUCCACAGCAGCUUCAGCAUAUAGGCUGGCUGGCGAGGAGACACUGUCUUCAGAAUGGACGAGCCAGUAGUGAGAGUAGCGAAGAUGGAGCCGGAAGUAGUGCAAGCACUUCGCGAGGAGCCGGGAGUGGAUUCGGUCUUGCCGCUGGAUGCACCGGCGGAUGGCGCAGUGUCUUUGGUGCAGUUUCAGGCCGGGAACUUAGAUUGUAUGAGUGUGCGCCUUGGAGCCCAGAAGCUUGGGCUUCGCCGAGCAUUACCUGUCCCCUUAUCGCAACACGACUGGUCUCCUCUCCAACGCGACAGAAUGAAGCAGCAAGCAGCAGUAGCGGUUCGACUCAACACGGGGCGACGUUCGCGGUCCGGGUUGGCACGAUGGACGGGGUAGUCACGCAUCAUUUACGAGCUGAAACACGAAGAGAUCUGGCGGCUUGGGCGCGAGCGAUUGUUCAAGGAUGCCACACGGCUGCUCAUUCCUUGCGAGAAUAUACCGUUCGUUGCAUAUGGCAAGGUAAGGCCUGUCAGUUGGUUGUCAACCAUGAAGAAGGUUUCGCGCUUUACUCCGCAGGAACGCGGGGCACUGCCGGGAACGGCGUAAGUCCUGGAUCACCACCCACGCCACUCUGGAGAAGAUCCUUCGACAAAUUGAAAAUGUCCGCGGACGACGGCGCCCGUCUUUUGUGGCUCGAUUUUGGAGGCGAGGAUGGCGAAAUUGAGCUAGAUUUGGAGAGUUGUCCAAAACCAAUUGUGUUCGUCCUGCACAACUUCCUUUCGGCGAAGAUUCAUCGGCUUGGUCUGAGUGCAUAG